UCAUUCUCCCUAGUCAUUCCCUAAAAUACCCAUGUCGGCUUUGCAUAUCAGUAACUAAUACUAGCCAUCUUUUCCCACCUUGCUUGAUACCUGAAGUUGUUUGAACGCAAUCGAGAUUCUUGCUGUGGUUGUAUUCUGCUGAUCCAGGAUCCAGCCCUUUUUUACAUGAUGAAUGCGGAGGAAAAUGAUGAGUGCCUGCUGAUAUUUUUAGAUCCAGCAGAGAUAGCUCAUCUCCUCUCCUUGCCAAAAAAAUUCUUCAGCCAAACGAAAAUGAAGAUAAGGGUCUCUCCAAUGGCCUCUCUUCUCUUCAUUGCAGUUCUGAUAUCUGCAAUCUGUUCUUCAUCCGAGGCAGCUGGUUCACAAACUUCUUUUGAAGAUAACUUCAGUAUUAUGUGGUCUGAAGACCAUUUCAAGACCUCUGAUGAUGGCCAGACCUGGUUCCUCUCCUUGGAUAAAGAAACAGGUUGUGGAUUUCAGACCAAGCAAAGAUACAGAUUUGGGUGGUUUAGCAUGAAACUGAAGUUGGUCGGAGGUGACUCUGCUGGUGUUGUGACAGCUUACUAUAUGUGUUCUGAGAAUGGGGCAGGACCAGAGAGAGAUGAGCUGGAUUUUGAGUUCUUGGGGAAUAGGACUGGGCAGCCAUAUUUAAUCCAGACAAACGUGUACAAGAAUGGGGUCGGAGGCCGUGAAAUGAGGCACAUGCUUUGGUUCGACCCCACCGAAGGGUUCCACUCAUAUUCCGUUCUCUGGAACAGCCAGCAAAUUCUAUUCUUUGUGGAUAGAGUACCCAUCAGAGUAUACAAGAACAACGGUAAAGAAAACGGCUUUUUCCCCAACGAGAAGCCCAUGUACUUGUUCUCCAGCAUCUGGAACGCCGACGACUGGGCCACCAGAGGUGGGCUGGAGAAAACAGACUGGAAAAGAGCACCGUUCGUGUCCUCGUACAAGGACUUCAGCGUCGAGGGGUGCCAAUGGGAAGACCCUUACCCUGCAUGCGUAUCGACCACCACCAAGAACUGGUGGGAUCAGUACGAUGCUUGGCAUUUAUCUGAUUCUCAGAAGAUGGAUUACGCUUGGGUGCAGAGAAACCUUGUUAUUUAUGAUUAUUGCAAGGAUUAUGAACGAUACCCCCAGUUGCCUGAGGAGUGUUCAUUGAGUCCCUGGGAUUAGGAGAGCUACCAAGUGAGAAUUUAGCAUCAAAUUUUGUAUUCUUUUUAUAUCAUUUUUCAAUUAGUAUAAAAUAUGGGUUUUUGUUGCACUAUUGUAUUCAGUAAUUGGAUAUUUGUAUAAUUUAUUCAAUCACUCUUACUUUCCUUGAUUACUUUAA